AUGUUCCAAUUGGCUCCAAAUGACCUGAUUAAGACAUCAAACGUGCACAUCUGCCCACAAGAGGAUUGGACUUCUCCAAAGGUUCAACAAGUGGCAAGGGAAAGCCAUGGAAAAGAUGCAAAAGUCCAUGGACAAGAUGGAGUAGAUCUCUCCUCACCACUCCAAGGAAGGCUCCCUGCCCAAGAGCCUCACAGAGCCUCAUCAUUUGAGCCAAGGGAAGGAGAGGACAACUCGCAGAGAAGGAGGAAGAGUUCCAAGACUGACGCUCCAACUCGAUCGAGCGAGCUCGACCGAGCUGAGGGUCGAGUUGACCUGGAGGAGCCCCUGUUUGAGAACCCUGGGUUCGAGUACGAUCAACGCAGUACCAGGACUUCUCUCAGAGAUGGACCCCUACAGCUUCGAGCAAGCCAGCUCCACCAAGGCCAAGGGAGCCACACACAUUUCAACGAGGAAGAAGAAGAGGAAGAGGAGCCACAAGCUCGAUCGAGUGAGCCGAACCCAGUCGAGUGGAGUGCUCCUGAUGGCCGUCUACCAUCUCCAGACCACGACCUAGCCUCCCAGUUCUUUGGGGGGCACUGA